AUGUCUCACAACGACGACCGCGUGGAGGCGUUCACCAAGACCUUCGAAUCGGCCAUCGAGGCGGCGAUUUCGAAGCAGUUCACCGACCUCGUCUCGGCCGAGUUCCGCCGCAUGAACAACGAUCAGGAAGCCGAAAUUCAGCGACUCGAGGAGAAUUUCCAACAAGAGAAGUCGCGGUUUCUGACUAUUGCCAAGGCCGCCGCCGGCGGCAAAAUUAGCCAGGACAAGCUCGAGGUUCUCGCGGACAGGCUUUUGAGAAGGAAGGAAGGGAGUCGUCGUUGGGUGCUGUUCCAAGGCGGAGGAGGAGGAGGAGGUGAAGGAGGAGGAGGUGGUGGUGGUGGUGGUGCCACCUGGUUCUUCGGUUCCGGCCCCGACCCCGGGGGCCCAAACAAGAGAGCUCAUGUGGGCUUUGCGGCCGAGCGCGCCGGUCAUGCGUUCGGAGACGAAUCCCCCGCGCUGGCAGGCGUUGGUCGUGCCGUGCGCAAGCGGGUCGAGAUCAAGAAUCGCGACGUGUCCGACUGGGAGUCGGAGGGGCAGGACGAUAUUUUUGAGGAUCUGGAACUUGGGAUUGGGUGGAUUGUGUUGAGGUGUGAUUUGGGGGCUGAUGUGGCUCCUGUUAAGUUUACAGAGGAUCCGUUCGCUGUGCCGGGGCGGCUGGCGGAGAGGCAUUUUGAUGGGUUUGAGAAGUGUGUUAAACAUGAUCACCGGCGGGUUUAUACCAAUGAGGAUAGUUUGAGGGAGUUUGGGCAUCGAGGUGAGGGCUUUGGAAGGGGUGGACACGUUCGACGCAUGCUAACAUACUUUUGUGGUGUAGUGGUUGAUGCCGGGGGCUCCGCACCGAGUCUGGAGUGGGUGUUGGCUGCUAACUGA